AUUAACGGACCAGCUGAUUGUACGCUGUCAUCGUAUGGCAACGGGGUGGCAACUCUACAGCGGUGGGGGCACUGCAGAGUUAAUUUCAAGCGACCAACAUUAAGUUACGUAUUCGUAUUCCUAGGUGAAGUUGGCCAAAAACUAUGUUGAAAGGCCUGCGACAUGUAAGAAACGUGCUGCAGCGUGGAUCCCAUUACACACAUUGGCACAUUAGGAAUGCCACCGAGCUAUUCACUGGCAAUGGCGAUGGAUUACAGCUUUUGCUUCAGCGGCAAAUUGCCUCUUUCAACCUGCCCUCUUUUCAUCUGAGCCGGCGACAGGUGCUCCAACUGCAGUCGGAAUACAAGGCCAUUGUGGGCGUGAUAGCACGAUCAUUGCAGCUAACACCACGAGAGGUGCAACAGAUGCAUUUACGUUGCUUGAGCGGCAAGUCUAAUAAAACUCAAAGUAGCAGCAGCAGCAGCAGCAGCAGCACCAGCAGCAGCAGUAAUGAAGAUACCGAUAAACCCGCCAAAGCAAAGUCCAGUGAGGAGGUUCCGUCUAAUCAAGAGAAGUCAAACAAAGACAGUGAAACGUCAACCAAUUCUAAUCCCUCCACAUCCUCAUCGUCUUCCUCGAGCGAGGGACCCAACAAGAACAAUGAGAACGAUGAGAAAAUGCGUUCCGUGUUAACGAAGGCGGUGCUCUGGCUAUUCACCAUCUACAUGUUUGUUGCCUUCAUUUCACUGCUGAUUACACCACGAACAGAUCGUCCCGAGGGCUCUACUCGUUAUGUGUCCUGGAAUGAGUUUGUUCAUCACAUGCUGGCCGUGGGUGAGGUCAAAGAGUUGAUCAUUCGACCCGAUAUGGAGAUGGUAACCAUAAUACUGCACGAAGGAGCUGUCAUAAAGGGCAGAAAGGUGACUUCAACCAUUUUCCAUAUGGCCGUGGCCGAUGCGAAUAAAUUUGAAGAGAAAUUGCGUCAAGUGGAGAAGCGGCUGGGCAUAUCGGAUGGUGUGCCGGUUACCUAUGACAGGCAAACAGAUACCACCGGUCGUAUUUUAAUGCUGUUGCUCUUCUGUGCCUUAAUGGUGUCGAUAGCCACACGUAUGAAGUCCAUGAAGAGUCCCCUGAGCAUGGAUUCGUUUAAUCAAAUGGGCAGAGCCAAAUUCACACUAGUCGAUCCCUUUGAUGGUGGCCGUGGUGUCCUGUUCCGUGAUGUUGCCGGCCUCAGUGAGGCCAAGCAGGAGGUCAAGGAGUUUGUUGACUAUCUAAAGACGCCGGAAAAGUAUCAGCGCCUGGGAGCGAAAGUGCCGCGUGGUGCCUUGCUUUUGGGUCCGCCAGGUUGUGGUAAAACCCUAUUGGCUAAGGCGGUGGCCACUGAGGCACAGGUACCAUUUCUUAGUAUGAACGGAUCCGAGUUUAUUGAAAUGAUUGGCGGUUUGGGAGCAGCCCGUGUUCGUGAUCUAUUCAAAGAGGGUAAAAAGCGAGCACCAUGCAUUAUCUACAUCGAUGAAAUCGAUGCCAUUGGACGGCAACGUUCUGGCACCGAAAGCAUGGGUCAGGGUAGUUCAGGGGAAUCGGAGCAGACGCUUAAUCAACUUCUUGUUGAAAUGGAUGGCAUGGCCACCAAAGAGGGCGUACUUAUGCUGGCCAGUACGAAUCGUGCUGACAUCCUAGACAAGGCCUUGCUUAGACCUGGCCGCUUUGAUCGACACAUUCUUAUUGACCUGCCCACACUACAAGAACGCAAGGAGAUCUUUGAGAAGCAUUUGUCGUCGGUAAAAUUGUCCGAUUCUCCGGAAACAUUCUCCCAAAGAUUGGCUCGCCUAACGCCCGGCUUCUCUGGCGCUGAUAUAGCCAAUGUGUGCAAUGAGGCGGCCUUGCAUGCGGCACGGAAUACCCAAACAGAGGUCACCAGCAAGAAUUUGGAAUAUGCCGUUGAGCGUUUAGUGGGCGGCACCGAGAAACGUUCGCAUGCCUUGACGCUGGCCGAACGUAAGGUGAUCGCCUAUCAUGAGUCGGGGCAUGCUCUUGUAGGUUGGAUGUUACCAAAUUCGGACAUUUUGCUCAAAGUGACCAUUGUGCCGCGGACUAGUCUAGCCUUGGGCUUUGCCCAGUAUACACCAAGUGAACAGCAUUUGUACAGCAGCGAGGAACUCUUUGAUAAGAUGUGCAUGGCCCUGGGCGGAAGGGCGGCUGAGAAUUUGAUAUUUAAUCGUAUUACAACUGGAGCGCAAAACGAUUUGGAAAAGGUCACCAAAAUUGCCUAUUCGCAGAUCAAGAAAUUUGGUAUGAAUAAAAAUCUGGGUCCCAUUUACGUCAGGGAUGCGGAUGAGGGUGAAGGCGGUGGCGGCGGAGAGAAACCCUUUUCUCGGGCGAUGGAAAGUCUGAUUGAUAACGAGGCGCGACAUGUGGUUGCCAAAGCCUAUAAAACCACAGAGGACAUAUUGAUUAAGCAUCGUGACAAACUGGAAAAGUUGGCUGAAGCUCUUUUGGAAAAGGAAACACUAGACUAUGAUGAGGUAGUUGAACUUAUUGGCCCACCACCCCAUAGCAUUGGCAAGCGUCAAGUGGAUUCGGUUGAAUUUGAGGAAUCACUGAAAAAUCUCAGCAACGAUGCUAAAACAAUGUGAAGCUGAUCGGUCUACCUCGCCCGGUGCCUUCCCUUCCCCCCAUAUCCCGGUUCAUAUUCGUUAGAAUGUAAAUAAAUAAAGUUGUUUACCUUUUUAAAUUGA